AUGUGGUUUGCAUUUAGGACCCCUGAAUCUGUUGGUGGAGUUGCGAUCGACGACUGUCAGUUCCACCAGUGUGUCAAAUUAAACAAAUAUAGCACUGAUCAAGCCAUCUCCUUCAUUCCACCCGAUGGGGAAUUCAUCCUAAUGCGUUACCGCAAAACGCGCGAAAUCACUUUACCUUUCCGACUCAUUCCGUUAGUCCGCGAGAUUGGAAAACACAAGUUGGAGAUUAAGGUCGUUGUGAAGGCAAAUUUUAAGGCUAGCCUACUUGCUCAGAAGGUUGAGGUGCGCAUACCCACUCCAAGCAACACAAGUGGUGUCCAAGUGGUCUGCUCAAAGGGAAGGGCCAAAUACAAAUCGACGGAGAACGCCAUUGUUUGGAAACUUCCACGAAUCGCUGGAAUGAAGGAAUCCCAGUUGUCUGCAGAAAUUGAACUUCUUCAAUCUUCAGAUAAACCUCAGCGUUCUAGCCGUUCGCCAAUUUCCAUGAAUUUUGAGAACAGUUCAAUUGACAGCAUGAAAUACGAUUUCGCCUGGUACAGUUGCUUUGUAUUCUGCCUCAUUUGUCUGCUGUCACAACAAGCGCAGGCACUAAGUGACAAGGAGCCCUUGGCAGUGGAACUUGAAGAUGCCCUAUUGGAAGAAACACGAGCGAACAACGAGGCGGUGGAGGACGCAGUGAUGUUCAGCUCUGUUCCAAGUAGCAAGGAUGAGGGAGACAUGGCAAAUACCGAUAUUCUCAUGCCAGCUGGCUGGUUCAGGCGCAUUGGCCGCAGCAUCGAACGCGGAUUCAGGCGGGUUGGUAAGGGCAUUGAGCGUGUUUUCAAACGACGCCAAUACAACUGCCCCCCGCACUGUCCGAGUCCACGUCCUCCCAGGUACAAUCCCUACUGGUAA